AUGAUAUGGCACAAGUCAGCACAGAAUGCUGUCACCUACCGCAGUUCGUGUGCUUCAUGUGGUCAUCACGCAGUGCAUUAUCGCAUUCCCGAUUUCGAUGGGGCCAAUUCGUCGUGUCGGUGUGCUCGUGGACCGCAGGUGUACCGGUGGCCACCAGUGCGCGUUCCGGAGGAUCUCACCUGUUCGGAUUCCUCGUACGACCUGACGUUGUGUGUGCGAGUGAAGUCCUCGGAUGAGCCCGUGGAGACGAGGUUGCACCAGCGAUUGAAGGUGCUAGACAAGGACCACGAACACGGUGACGAGGAAUCAGCCCUACUUCGUUGGUUCGAGUUGGAGGGACACACGUUGAACGGUGGUGAGGGUGAAUACGACAUGUAUCCGUUGGCCAUCAAUCUCACCGACACCCUGGCUGCCAUAACCAAUGGGAAACCGGCACCGUAUGCCCCAAUCACCAAUCCUAACAUCAAACUCAUACGUACCAGUCGCACUGCCUGUGCACCUCACGACCAAGCCUCGAAGGACGUCUACGACCUAGUGGUUAUCUUCCGGUCUGCGUCAUACCACUUCGAGGAGAGAAGUCGCAUUCGCGAGGCAACUCGCAAUCUGCCAGAUCGUAUUCGUGUUGUGUUCGCACUGGGUCAACCGCGCGCCGAUGUGGCAGGCAAUCUGUUCUACAUGAACGGCGGCUUUGAUAUUCGAUUAGCAGAGAAGGCAGGUGCCAAGGCCGUGGAGUGGGCACAGCGGGCAACCGAAGCUCGGGAGAGAGCUUCGGCGGAGGCAGACGAGUUCGGUGACAUGAUCAUUGGUGACUACGUGGAUACCUACGUGAAUCUAACCUACAAGCUCAUAGCGAGCCAUCGAUGGGCCUCUGCAUUUUGCCAAGAUAAAUCCGACGUCUUUCUGUUUAUUGACGACGACUACGAGUUCAACGCGAAGAAUGUGCUCAAUUACCUGAACAGUCUGACGAAGUUCGAGCGUCGCCAGCUGCUCAGUGGAUCCCUAAUGACGUGGCGGCGUGUGGUUCGUCCGUUCAAGGACGCCAGUCGAAACAAGUGGGCUGUGACUCGAUAUGAGGUUCCGUGGUCGCGUUUCCCACCGUUCGCAUGGGGCACGGCGACGUUUGUCGGUGCGGAUGUACUCAGGGAGCUGGUCGUAGCCGAAGCCUACACGCGCUUUCUGUGGGUGGAUGAUGCGUUUAUGGGCUUUGUCGCAGCUAAAUUGCCACAUCUGCAUUUCCAAAGCAUGAAGGGCUUCUACCUCGAAUCCACCAAUAACCAGAAAGCUCUCAUUACUCAUAUACCCUUCAGAUGCAGACACUUGCAGUGCACUAAAGGAAAGAAAGCCCAACACUCAGACGAAGAAGGCACGAGGGUGUAUUUCAUGUCGUUGCACACAUCCGCCUCAACAUAA